AUGGUGUCUGCCGCCGAUCCUAUGCUACCUUGCAAACGGCCUGCUCUCGACCAAGACUUACGGCCCACCACCAAAAUACGAGCCCAGGAAGAUCGAGCCAGUUCCACCUCGCCCAACUCGCAGCGCCAUGAUCUGGCCUUCUCCUACACCCCUUCUCCUGCCGUUGGCUCUGUCUCUGUCAAGACACAGUCAUUCUCCGCCGGGCAACGGUCAGCGCAGAGGACCCCGUUCUCAUCGCCAAAGCUAACCUCGCCGCAACCCGUGCCCGUGCCCGUACCUGUGCCCAUGACACAGCCAAACUCGCGCCAAUCUUUACCGCGUCACGACGGCGAAAAGAAUCCCUUCAGCCCUGCUCCGUCUCUUGGUACCUCUAACCAUGAUACAGCCUUAGAUCAAACCUCCAAGAUCGAGUUGCAGCCAGAGACCCGGCCUGUGACCCAGGACCAACUCGUGAACGAGAUCAAAGGCAUAUAUGCCGGCCUUGUCAUGGUGGAGAAGAAAUGCGUCGAGGUGUGCCUGCAUCAGUCUCAGUCCUCCACAAAACUGUCCAAUGAACAGUGGCAGGCCUUGAUCGCACUUCAUCGAACCCUUCUCCAUGAGCACUUGGAUUUCUUCCAGGCGACCCAACAUCCGGCUGCUUCCCCAGCGUUACGUCGCCUGCCGACAAAAUACGCAAUGCCUGCUCGCAUGUGGAGGCAUGCCAUCCAUUCGUUCCUCGAAUUGCUUCGUCAUCUUCUGCCGCAGUCGCUCGAGCACAUGUUGAGCUUUGUCUAUCUAGCGUAUCAGAUGAUGGGGCUGCUCUUGGAAUAUGUUCCUGCGUUCCAUGAAACUUGGAUCGAGUGCCUGGGAGAUCUGGCUCGUUACAGGAUGGCCAUUGAGGAAACCGACAUGCGAGACCGGGAGACCUGGGCUAACGUGGCGCGCAUGUGGUACAACCGUGCUGCUGAUCGCUCCCCCACCACCGGGAGAAUUCAGCAUCACCUUGCCGUCCUGGCCCGGCCCAAUAUUGUGCGGCAACUGUUCUACUACUCCAAAGCUUUGACGAGCGGCAUCCCCUUUGUCAAUGCACGAGAUUCGAUCAUGCUUCUGUAUUCACCGUUCCUGGAGAAAUCCCAAUCGACAAUCCAGAAGUACCCCAAGCUGGAGAGUUCCUUUGUCACUGCUGGAGGCAUCUUGUUCACUCAGGGCUGGAUCAACCAGUAUUGUGUACAUGUUACACAAUAUAUUUCCGAAUUGGACAAUCACAUUUCCCGGACCGGUUCUAAUUGGAAGGUGCAAGGCUCCGAGAUUGCGCUGUCUCUUAUUGCAUGGCUUUUGGACUUUGGCACCGAUCAAAACUUCCUCUGGACGGCUUUCCGAACCCACACGGAGGAGAUUAAAGGGACCCAACAUGAGAAACAGCUGGACCCCAUCACAGAUACACGGCCGCCUGAGGAUCCAUAUAUGAAGCAGGACAUCCACCACAAAUUUUGGAACAAUGGCUCAAUCAAUGUGACCUUGUUUCGUCAAGUCCUUCCCGCUGCUGGUGCUCGGCCAGGAGCCAAGUUCACCUCGGCCGACGAAGUGACAUCAUACGUUCUUCCGGUUUGGUCAACGUCUAUAUCCAUAGUAGCCGGAAAAGUGGGCGAUCGGAACAUAUUGCCGUUUAUGCAUAUUACGUUAGCCUUUCUUUGGAGUCUAUCCUACGUGCCAGGAGCCCUCGUGUACAUAGAAAACUAUGUUCCGUGGACGAAGCUGGUGCUUUGCUUGAAUACGUUGAGCCGAUCCGGAGUGGUUGAUGCACGAAUCGAGGCCGAGGACUUCCCUCAACAUCAGUCUGGAACAGGACGCCAGCUGCCAGAGGACUUUCUCAUGCGAGGACUGGAAUGGGCCUAUUACUAUUUCCCGGCCGACUUUUUUGAGGGCCAGGUGGUCGAUGAAGAUGAACGCACUCUGGAGCUUCCAAGCCAUGCUGCCCCUCGUGCCGAACGAUGCCUUUGGCUAGGUGGAAGGCUCGCACAGUUGAACCGUUACAUGAUCUACGACACUAUAUCGAAGCAAUUCUCCUGUACUGAAUUUGCCACCUCCUUGGAGAACCCUUCUCUCAUGGACUGCGUGUGUCCGCAAACAUCUGUUGAUUCAGACGUCGAUGCACAAAUGAUCGACAUCGUCUGA